UCUUGCCACUGGCUCAGCCAACGGAAAACUCGUUGAACUCUUUUCUGGAGUUACAAAGUUCAAUAACAAAUGGGGUCCUUUCGAUUUAUUAUUAUGCGUUGGCGAUCUGUUUGGUGAAAAUACCGACGAAAUAAAUCGGUUAUUAUCAGAGGAAAUAAAAAUUCCGAUAACAACAUAUUUUAUGCAUGGUAAAUAUGAAUUGCCGGAUAUCGUGAAAGAACGUGUCGAAAAUAAUAAUGGGGAGUUAUGUCAGAACCUUUUCUAUCUUGGUAAUCAAGGUAGCAUAACCACAACGCAUGGCGUAAAAGUCGCCUUUGCGAGUGGUGUCUUAGAUUCUUCAAUAAAUAAUCACCCUACAAAUGUAGAUUUACUUCUCACAUAUGAAUGGCCUAAGGACAUCACCCGUUUAUCUUCGCAAGAGGUUGCUGAUGUAUCGGGGUCCAUCUACGUGGCGCAGUUAGUUGAAAGAGUCAAGCCGAGGUAUCAUUUUGCUGCUUCUGAGAAUGUUUUCUUCAAAAGAGAACCUUAUCAGAAUGCUCCAUCGACAAGUUCAAUUGAAAAUGACGAUACCCAACUACAGAUGGGAAUUCCUACUUGGUUUGUAGGACUGGCUGAAGUUGGUAAUUCAACAAAAGAAAAGUGGUAUUACGGAUUCAACCUCGUACCGUUAAUUAAUAUGCCAAAAUCUUCGCCUCUGAGUUAUCCAAAAGAUAUGACUGAAUGUCCCUUUAACACAAAAGGUCAAAAAAGAAAAUUAGACGAUACACAGCCCGAUAAUUAUUUCUGGUCUAAGGGCGAUUCAUCCGGAUCAACGUCUAAACGCGGUCGCACAAAUGGUACACCACCAGAAAGUUAUACAUGUAACAUAUGCAAGAUUACUGGUCAUUGGAUUAAAGAUUGUCCUGAAAGCAUUCAAAACAAAAAACGGCAACAGAAUAACAAAUCGAAACCAAUUCCUAAGGACUAUGUUUGUAAAUCGUGCAACGAAGUAGGAAAACAUGUUAUGUUUGAUUGUCCCAACUACGAAUGUAAAGGAUGUGGCGAAAAAGGUCAUCACCCUAAAGAUUGCCCAUCACCUCAGAAAGUUAAACCAAUUAGACCAGUACAACCAUGUUGGUUUUGUUUAUCAAAUCCGAAAACGGUCAGACAUUUAAUUGUCUCCAUCGGAAACGAAUUAUAUUUAGCGCUGGCUAAAGGAGGUUUGAUUGAUACUCAAGAUCCUUCCAAAUCGAUUGUGCCGGGUGGUGGCCAUGUUUUAUUGGUUUCAAUCAUUCAUUACGCCACGUUUCGAGAAGCUCCACUUGAUGAUCAAAUUAAUAUGACAGCUGAAAUGGAAAAAUAUAAAAGUGCUUUGAAGAGAUUUUUCCAAGAUUGUGGUGCAGGAAUGGUAUCAUUUGAAAUAUCUUAUUUCGGUAGAAAACAACAGCAUCAUCACGUACAAUUCGUACCGGUUCCAUUUGAACAUGAUUCCGAAAAAAUUCGUGAUGCAUUUCUCGAGGAAGCUAAUUCCGAUGAUUUAAAGUUUCAUCAAGUCCAAGGUUCUUCUGCUAUUGUGCCUGUAAACUACUUUAAAGUAGAUUUACCUGAUGGGUCAGGUUUGAUACAUGAAAUUGCUAUGAACGAACAAUUUGAUGUACAAUAUGGAAGAAAAGUUCUUGGUAAAUUAUUAGGGUCGCCACAACGUGUUAAUUGGAGAGAAUGUGUAAUAUCUGACGAACUUGAAAGAGCGGAUGCCGAAAAAUUUAAGGAAGCAUUUUCGAAAUAUGAUCCUAUGGCGAAUGAGUAUGAAAUCAAUAAAUCAUUAAGAGACGAAUGUAAGACCAAAGAACAGGAAUUGCGCGCAUCACUCCAACAACUCGAUCUUUUAACAUUCCAUAAUCAACGUUUAACCAAACGUAUUGAAAACCUACAAGAAUCGAGCGCUGCGAAAUCGUCACCAGGCUGGUUAGUAGGUUCAGCAAAAAAAGAACUUGAAAGAACAAAAGUUCUUUUGGAAAAUACAGGUGGAGAAUUGACAAAGGAAAUUGAAAGAAAUGAAUCAUUACAUAAGGAACUUUAUGAGGUCAAGAGUUUAUACACACAACAUUCGAAUGUUUUUGAAACCAGGAUUUUAGAAUUAGAAAGAAAGGCCGAAGAGCUCCAGAAUGAAUUAACAAGAUCACAUCUUGCUAGCGAAGAUGCUUUGAGUACAUUACGUCAAGAGAAACGCGAGCUUGAUAAUGAACUCGAACAAACAAGAUCAGAAUUACGCAUAAAGAAAGUAUUUAUGGAAAAGAAUGAAUAUAAAUUGAAAGGAGGAGAUGAUACAUUUCGAGCUGAAAUGAUUGUUCUUAGAGAUACAUUGUCUAUAAAUUCUGAGAAUUCUUUCGAACCACAAACAGAUAAAUUCAAUGAAUUACAGGAUAGAAUUGAUAAUGAGUCUAAUGAACUUAUUGCAAGCUUUAGACAAUUGCAAUUAAAUGCAAAGGAUUACUUGAAAUCUCUUGAAGCGAAGUCAGAAUCAUCUUAUGAUCUAGGCCUUAAAGUUAAAAAUGCUAGUAAAGUAUGGCAACAAAAUCUGCAAACAUUGGCAGUGAAAUUGGCAUCUGCUCAAAGCCGAAUAUUAGAUUUGACAGCAGAAAAAGAGAAACUUGUUAAAGUGAAUGAACAUGACUCAAAUAGGGCUGCGACUCUGGAAACUGAAAUCACUCGGUUAAAGGAAGAAUUGAAUAGACAUAAGGAACAUACUCUGAACCCGAAUGGUUCAAUGCAUCCACCUAAAACUGGAGACGGUGUUGAAAAUUGUACUGUUAAUCCUGAAAAGAAAGAAAGCCCUGAACAUUCAAGUCAACCAACUGAGAAUACAUCUCACCCUACAACCAUUAUGACCCCACAAACAAGAUUCGUAAGUGAUACUGACUCUAGCACAAGCAGCAAUGGUAAUGUAGGUACUCAUGCAUUAGAACGUGAUAUAGGAGUAAUUAAUCGCUCUUCUAAAAAUGAGGAAGAUGCCAUACGAGCAACACUUAUCAAGAAGCAUUAUGAAUCUAGAAUAAGCCAAUUAACAGAACAGUCUGUACAAUUACAUACAUCUCUAAAAGUCAUUCAAGAAAAAUUGGUUGAUUCGGAAAAUCAAAAAUUACGGUCAGAACAAGAAAAUUUGAAAUUACAAAAUGAAUUGUCUCGAUUGAGGGAAAAAUUGAAUGAGGAUCGUGCAAAUCAUGAUAAGCAGGUUAAAGAAAUGGAGGGGUGGACCGAGCAACGGCAAAAUAAGAUUAAAGAAUUGAAUGACCAAUUAUCGGGAUAUGAAGCUGGAACUUCACGAAAUGAAUAA